AAGGUCGCUUUAGAAGACAAAAACGUGGAUUGGAGACUACGUGUAUCCCACCAUGCUUAGCAAAUACAAAGAUGGCGACUAUUACUGAGAUGGAGGUCGAUACGAACAAAGGUACAGGGAUACGCCAGUAUUACAUGACAAAAAUAGAGGAAUUACAGCUUGUAGUAAAUGAUAAAACUCAAAAUUUAAGAAGACUUGAAGCACAAAGAAAUGAGUUAAAUUCAAAAGUACGCAUGUUAAGAGAGGAACUGCAGUUACUGCAAGAACAAGGAUCAUAUGUAGGUGAAGUUGUGAAACCAAUGGACAAGAAAAAGGUGCUUGUUAAGGUACACCCAGAAGGAAAGUUUGUUGUGGAUAUUGACAAAUCUAUUGAUAUAGGAGAUGUUACACCAAACUCAAGAGUAGCACUCCGUAAUGAUAGUUACACACUUCACAAGAUACUUCCAAACAAGGUUGAUCCACUGGUUAGUUUGAUGAUGGUUGAGAAAGUUCCAGAUUCAACAUAUGAGAUGGUUGGUGGCCUUGACAAACAGAUCAAAGAAAUUAAAGAGGUCAUUGAACUCCCUGUCAAACAUCCUGAGCUCUUUGAUGCAUUGGGAAUUGCUCAACCUAAGGGGGUUCUGUUAUAUGGACCACCAGGGACUGGCAAAACUCUACUUGCCCGUGCAGUUGCCCAUCACACAGAAUGCACAUUCAUCCGUGUCUCUGGCUCCGAACUUGUACAGAAAUUUAUAGGCGAAGGUUCUCGAAUGGUGCGAGAAUUGUUUGUAAUGGCAAGGGAACAUGCACCUUCUAUCAUCUUCAUGGAUGAAAUUGAUUCGAUUGGUUCAUCCCGUAUCGAGGGAAGUUCAGGUGGUGAUAGUGAAGUUCAACGUACAAUGUUGGAACUCCUUAAUCAGCUAGAUGGCUUUGAAGCUACAGUCAACAUUAAGGUAAUUAUGGCUACAAAUAGGAUUGACAUUUUGGAUUCGGCAUUGCUGCGACCGGGACGUAUCGACAGAAAGAUUGAAUUCCCUCCACCAAAUGAAGAAGCUCGUUCAGACAUCUUAAAGAUUCACUCGCGCAAAAUGAAUUUGACUCGUGGUAUUAAUCUGCGCAAGAUUGCUGAAACAAUGCCAGGAGCUUCAGGCGCUGAAGUUAAGGGGGUGUGUACCGAAGCAGGAAUGUAUGCAUUACGUGAACGACGUGUACAUGUCACUCAGGAGGAUUUUGAACUUGCUGUAGCCAAGGUGAUGCUGAAGGAUUCUGAGAAGAAUAUGUCUAUCAAGAAAUUCUGGAAAUAAUUGUGCUCAAGCCGUUCUAGUACCAUAGCAAUGUGAUGCCUUAAGGUGUGUUUGCAUUGGAUUAAAAUUGGCCAAACUAAGCAUAUACCUGUUUACUUUGACAAAAAAGCCCAUUGUGUAUAAUCUGGGUAACAUUCUCCUUGAUGAGUGGCAAGUUUAAGCGAGUAAACAUUGCCCAGGACAAAUAAUCAAGCUGUAUUCCCCAAAUAGAAAUGUCCAAUGCAAACAGCGCAACUCAUGUAUCACAGAACCUUUCAGCUAUUAAAACUGAAAAUGCGCAAAAUCUUACUACAGUAUCUUGAACUGCCUCUGUAUUCAAAACUGAAAGUGAGAAUAGUUGAAUGAUUUCACCAAGGUAGAUUUGCCCCUCAUGCAAAUACAGCUUAAGUAAAUAUAUAGUUUUUCGCUGAAAAAAAUUAUGCUUUUGUUUGUUUAAGUUGAUGAUCAUUCAGAAACUGAAUUUUUCUAUUUUGAUCACUCUGUUUACUGGCAUACUGAUAUUUCACCAUUACUAAAUGGAAUUUGUAACAAGAAAAUAAAAAGCUAUUAAGUA